AUGUCUGAUAACGAAAUUAUUUUUGCAAAACGCAAAACUGAAGUCAAAGAAAAAAGUAAUUUAGUAUCUAAAAAAUCUUGGAAAAUAUUAAAUGACAAAGAAAAAAAAGAAUUAUACCAAUUCGCAAAAAAUAAUUCAAGUUUUACUCAACAAGAAUUAGCCAAUGAAUUUGAAAUUGGUCGGUCAACAGUGGCUGAUAUUCUUGCAAAAUCAUCCUAUUGGCUUAGUUUAGAUGAAGAAAGUACUAUAGCACAACAAAAGCGAAGCCAAAUGCCAGAUCAUCCUCAAUUAGAAGAAGUUCUUGCAUGUUGGUUUGAUCUUGCAUUAGAAAACAAUUUAACAAUUACAGGUAUUUUUCCUCUUACAGAAACUGAUAAAUAUCCAGAUAUGGAGCUUUUAGCUGAUGUGAAUAACAAUAAUGAAGAAAUCGAAUUGGAAAAUCUUAUUACACAAUUCCAAAACUUAAAAAAUCCUGAAAAUCCCAAAUAUUUAAAUAUUUCUAUUAAUGAAUUUAUUGAAAUCGAUAGUAAAUAUACAACAGAUAAAAUGCCCACUAUUGAGGAUAUUAUUAAGGAAAUACAAGAAAACGAAUCUGAAGAAGAACCAAAACAACAAAAAAAAAUUAUUACAGCAACCCAAGCUUUUAAUGGAAUUGAUUCAGUAUUAGGUUAUCUUGAACAACUUGACUCAAAUCUUGAAAUUGAUAGUAAAGUUUUUACUGAACUUAAACAGGUACGAAAAGAACUUGUUUAUUUAGCAAAAAAAAGUUCUAAACAAAUGAAAUUAAAUUCUUUUUUUAUUAAAGAAUAA